AUGUAUGCUCUCGAAAUCUCAUAUCCCACACUCCGCGAGGCUGAUCAGCCCUGUAGAUACGGCCCCAUCUUCUUGGGGGUGGUCAUCAACAUCCUCCUAUACGGAAUCAUGACGACACAGACGUACCUAUACUUUGCAACGUUUCGGAACGAUCGUCUUUGGAUGAAAGUAUUCGUCGGUGUGCUAUUCGUCGCUGACACGGCGAAUACGGUGUUCGAUACCGUUUUCCUAUACGAAAGGCUCAUCGCCAAUUACAGUACGCGAAAGCUUACCAUUCCCCAUUCAUGGACGCUCAUCCGCUUGCGGUGUGUUCCAUGCGUUGCAGUGGGUGGCCUCGCGACUGCUAUAGCGUGUGGUAUCGUCACGCAGUUCCAGGAAUUCCAUAAGUUCCAAUCGGUCGUCAUCGUCUGGCUCGUUGGGGCGGCCGUCGCUGACGUUGCGAUCGCUAUUGCCCUCGUGUCCCACCUGCGCACGCACCGGACUGGCUUUGUUGCGACUGACGAUAUUAUCACGAGACUGACGAGAAUGACUGUAUCUACCGGCGCGAUCACCGCUGUGUGCGCGACUGUCGAUUUGAUUGCUUUCUUGGCCAGCACUUCUGGCCUCCACCUCGUGUUCAACAUGCCCCUAGCAAAACUGUACACCAACUCCCUGCUAUCCUCGUGA